AUGCUUCCUACGGCUGGACUUUUUCUGCCAGAAACUUUGCAUCGUAGCGACCGACCCGCUCCCAGUUAUACGGACACCGACGGCCCAAGGCUGAAGUAUUUUCAGCGAAAGUCCGGUCAGACCAAACAUGAGGCGAAGGAGGCGGAGGUGUCAUCAAUCCCUCCGUCAGAUCUUGCCUCUGUCGACAACAAGUUCUUUCCAUCGAUCACGAUAGCCUUUCAAUUUGCCGAUUUUGUUUUCAGUUCAAGUAGGACUUCCUCCGAUGCGCAUACUUUGGCGUACCUCAUCCACCGCGUGCGGCAAGAUGUUUCCGAAGCAUCACGGCUAUACUUGUCGCCAGCAGUUUCGACCUUCCUGGACGCCUGGCCUGACAAGAAAACAUGGAUCAAUGCCAUAUUUACGGAUGUCCGCCGCGCUUUGAACGAUGUGGGUAGCUACAUGGAUACAUUCCGCGUCGCAGGAUACGAUGGGGGAGCAGUGGAGCUCAAGAAAAGAUUCGAAUGGAUUGCCAGUCAUCAAAAAAAGCUCCUCGCUAGACAGCAGUUGCUAUCAACAUGCCACCAAAGCCUCGUCUCUACAAUCAACGUUAUGCAGACAGUGGAACUAUGUGGGGUGACCAAUGGAACCUUGCAGGAUCCGAUCUACGAGGCACCUGUCCAGCUGUGGGUAAAGAACGAUGCUGCGCUUGCUUUGAGAGGACCCUAUUCGAGGCCCUCAUCAAACCGUCGACUGCAAUUUGAGAAGACUUUCCGUAAUUCGCCAUUGUAUCGUGCUGGCAAGUUUUCCUCAAUAGGCAUCAGCACAACACUACCCGAUUUGGCGCAGUCAAACCCGAAGUCACAGACCGAGGACUGCAUCAUUGGACACCCUUUCGAUGGAUCUCUCCGCACGCCAUCUUCGCCAGAACAAGUUCGGAUGACCUCUUUCGACAGCGCGCGCCCAUACAAGGAGAUGCAGGCAUCUCCUAUCCAACCUGUAGCCACUUUCGCUCCCCUCGCUUCUCUAGAACAAGAUCAAGCGCCUCCAGUGCUCAGCGAAAAGACCAUUGAACGUAAUGUAUCGACUGCAUCGACGAUCGCCGUUGUCUCCGUACCACGAAUAGCAAAACGGUACAUACCGAACCCGAUCUACAUUCGCAAAAGUGUCGAUAAGCACCGAUCACUGCCUACGGAGCUGCCCCAUGUGCAGAGCCAGUCCUCACUCACGGAGGAUCUGGCGGAUUGGAUGGACAUACCUCGUGUACAGAGCGAAAAGCUGCAUAGCACGGAGUGGGACACGAGUUCUGUCGUCGCAUCUUCGUCGAUGUCUGUCGCGUCUUGUCCAGCGGUUGAAACGGGAACAGAGUCCGCGCAUAACGCCGAGCUGACGCUGCUUCAGCAAAGGAUGCUGAGUCAAACAUACAUCACAAAAAAAGAGGGAAACGAGACAGACACGCAAGCGAUAAGAGGUUUGAGUGUAGUAGUUGAUAUACCCGAUGGAUUGAGCCAGACAUGCGUUAAACAAGAGAAGGCGCAGGCAGAUGCAGCGCCCAAGCCCGAAGAGCUAGUUGCGUUCCCUGAGAAGCCUUCGGUCGAGGAUCAAGGACAAGAAGAAGCACAAGCACAAGCACAAGCAAAGACAUUGCUAGAGCCUCUACCCACGCCACCUGGCCAGUCAACGACCGACAAUGAGGAAAAGACACACGCACAAGCAGUCUCCAAGCCCGGAGAACAAGCUGCGCCACCCGCUCAACCAGUAGCCGCAGAAACAAAGGUGUCGACUUGUGAACACACCAGCUCCGCUCAAUCGCCCGUUCAAAUCACAGACGUGGACAAAAUCGCAAUCACACCGCCACCCACCCUCGUCAAACCCAUGACCGCCCAAGCAAAGCGGCGCGCCGCACACCAGCGCAGGAUGGAGUUAGCGUUCGGCAAAGCAUAA